AUGGCCCUCUGCUGGGCACGAUUCUCACAUCGCUCCCUAGAACUGAAGGCGGCCAGUGUGAUAGAAUUCAGGGUGCUCUAUGCGAGUCCUCAACGACAGGCUGCUAAAAAAGCGUCUGAAAAUAUGCGUUCGAUCUACUGUUGCCCAAAAAGGGACGAACAGAACUCUGUUACUGAUAAACAAACCAGCGGAGACGACACUAAGGCUAAAACUCCUGUCAAAAGUAGCAGCAAACCGCCUGGCAAAGGUAAAGAAAUGAAAGAGGGCCACGGCAAGAUUAGUAGGAAAAAGUCGAAAGAAUUGGAGAAAGAACCCAUCGCAUAUGUACCUCAGAGACAAGCUGCUAAGAAAGCGGCUGCACAUAUUAAGAGUGGGCUGGGUACUAAGUUACCAGCUACUGAGAUGGAUGAGAAAAAGAAAGACGAUCAAAUCGAUCCAAUUAAGUCCUCCGCCCAUGAAGAAGGAUGA